GUGUCUGAUUCUGAGAGAACGUCAAGACUGAGUGAAGCUCUUGAAUCACUUGAAUCGGCUCAAAAGAUAACUGAAGGAAGAAAUCCUACUGUUCUUUUCUACCUUAGUUUGGAGAAUGCAGAGCAGAGAAAGUUGGAUAUUGCUCUCUACUAUGCAAAGCAGCUGUUGAAGUUGGAGGGAGGAUCUAUUGUCAAAGGAUGGCUUCUUCUUGCUCGUAUACUAUCUGCUCAAAAGAGGUAUAUAGAUGCAGAAAACAUAGUUAAUGCUGCACUAGACGAAACAGGAAAAUGGAAUCAAGGAGAACUACUACGCACUAAGGCUAAACUACAGAUUGCCCAGGAACAUCUGCGGGAUGCGGUGGAGACAUAUACUCAUCUUCUUGCUGUACUCCAAGUUCAGAGAAAAAGUUUUGGAGUUCAGAAAAAGUUGUUAAAGAACAUGAGAAACAACACUAGAAGUUUAGAAAUGGAAACAUGGCAUGACCUAGCAAAUGUUUACACAAGCUUGUCUCAGUGGCGUGAUGCGGAGGUUUGCCUAAUCAAAUCUGAGGCUAUCAAUCCUCAUUCUGCUUCAAGAUGCCACUCUGCAGGGUUACUCUAUCAAGCUAGAGGACUCCACAAAGAAGCAUUACAAUCUUUUCAGAAGGCUUUAGACAUAGAACCAAACCAUGUUCCGAGUUUGGUUUCCACUGCCAUUGUUCUUCGACAACUCAGCGGCCAAUCAUUGCCUGUCGUGAAAAGCUUUCUGACCGAUGCAUUACGGAUUGACAGAACAAAUUCUUCAGCUUGGUACAAUCUUGGCUUGUUAUACAAAAGUGAAAAUGGUGCAUCUGCACUCGAAGCCGCUGAGUGCUUUGAGGCUGCUGCACUUCUCCAAGAAUCUGCACCAGUUGAACCAUUCAGAUGAGUCCAAUGAUUGAUCUUCACAUGUUUUACCAAUAGCUGAACCAUCCCACAUGUAAAAAAUUUGUAAUACAUAGAGGGGCGCGAAUGGGAAACAGAAGUAUAAUAGAGUAAUUGUGUUAAUGUGGUAGAACAGUAGAAGUACUAGUUUAGGGAAACAGCUGCUUUUUGGUGUAUUUAUGCAUGAUAUUAAGGUGGAUUUUAGUGAUGUUUGUGGAGAGCUUUGGCUAUCUGUGAGAUUAUCCAUAGGCGUUUAGAUUUUCAUACAAUAAUAUGCGUUUGGAAUUGAUUUGGGAAAUUGACUAGCUAUUGGAAA